AUGAAUAUUGAAGAUGAUGAUGAUGAUGACUUGUUGAGUGAAUUAAACCAUGAAUUGAAAAAUACACAAGCAAGUAAAGUUAGUUUCAAAAGGAAAUCUUUCAACAAGCCACAAAAAAUCCAACGAAAUAAACUACUGUUUAAUAUUGAUGAAGAGGAGGAACAUGAUGGAGACGAGGAUAUAAAAGAGUUAAAAGGAGUGACUACACAAAUAAAGAGCAAAGGAUCUUCUUUACUUCGAUUUAAUCCACGAGCCAAAUUUACAAAGGAAAAGUCAUCAGAACCAGAACAAUCAAUUAAAAAACCAAUCAAUUUAUCAAGAUAUCAAAUUGAUUCCACUACAACCACAUCUACCCCUGUUAUUAAUGACAACGAUACGAUACUAUUUGAGUUGGAUGAAGAUGAUCCUGAAAACAAUCCGGUGAUUACAAAUAUAGAUGAUCUCAAAGAUGAAGAUAGUGAAGAGUUUGUCAAGCUAAAGUCAAAACUAACCACCUCAUCACAACAACUUCGACAAUCCCAAGUCUUGUCUUCUGUCAGUGAAGAUACAUCAAAACGAUAUGUACCAAUAGAAACCAAUCGUGAUCCAGAGUCUCUGAAAUUGACAGCUCGACAAUAUGCCAAUGCUUUAGUAAAUGAAUAUAAAGAUGAUAAGAAUUAUGAUGAUGGAACGGAACGACAAAACCAAGAAGAUCAAGAACAACUUUUAAAUGAUAUUAAUGAUGGUGAUAUAGAGUUAAACGAUGAAGAUAUGGGGACAUUAAAUAUGGGUAAACGUAGUAAUUUUGAUGACAAUAAGUUCAAUUUUGAAAUACAUAGUGAUGAUGCUGAUCAAGAGGAAAGCGAUGGACAACAACAUAGUGAGAAUGAGAGCUAUGACGAUGGCAAUAUAGAAUUUAGUAUACCCACUAUUGAAGAGCAAAUCAUAAGAAUCAAUGGAUUAAUCAAACAGUUUGAAGUGACGAAAUCAGAAAAACAAAAAUUAAUCCAAAACCUUAAGAUUGAACAAAAUGAAUUAUCAGAAACAAAACUGGAAGUACUAGAGAAAUUGAAUAAUUUAGUUAUUUAG